GCCGCCGCGCCCGCCCCUGCGCUUCCGCCAGGCCCCGGAAGCAGCAGCGGGGCGAUGGCGGCGGAGGGCAGGGCGGCGGCGGAGGUGCAGCCGGCGGGGGAGGGCAGCGGAGAGCCGGAGGGCGGCUUCGGGCACCUGCUGGAAGAGGACGAGGAGGGGGACGACGCCGGCUACGUGCUCUACAGGGACAGAAAGGAAUGGGCAGAUAUUGAGCCAGUCCCUCAAAGCGAUGGGCCGAGCCCUGUUGUUCAGAUCAUCUACAGUGAAAAAUUUCAAGAUGUCUAUGAUUACUUCCGGGCUGUUGUGCAACGGGAUGAGAGAAGCGAAAGAGCUUUUGAGCUAACAGCGGAUGCUAUUGAAUUAAAUGCUGCAAACUACACAGUAUGGCAUUUCCGGAGAGUCCUCCUGCAGUCUUUGGGAAAGGAUCUCCAUGAGGAACUUAAGUAUAUUACAGCUAUCAUUGAAGAUCAGCCAAAGAACUACCAAGUCUGGCAUCACAGACGUGUGUUGGUGGAGUGGCUGCAGGAUCCCUCCCAAGAGCUUGAGUUCAUAGCUGACAUUCUUAACCAAGAUGCCAAAAAUUACCAUGCGUGGCAACACAGACAAUGGGUUAUUCAGGAGUUCAAAUUAUGGGACAAUGAACUGGAAUACGUAGACCAGCUUUUGAGGGAAGACGUGAGAAACAACUCUGUUUGGAACCAACGCCACUUUGUAAUUUUCAACACCACUGGCUAUGAUGAUCCAGCAGUCCUAGACAGAGAAGUCCAAUACACUCUUGAGAUGAUCACAGCAGUGCCACAUAAUGAGAGCGCUUGGAACUAUUUGAAAGGGAUUCUACAGGAUCGUGGUCUUUCUAAGUAUCCCAAUCUGUUAGAGCAACUGUUGACUUUACAGCCCAGCCACAGUUCACCCUAUCUGAUUGCCUUUCUUGUGGACAUAUAUGAAGAUAUGCUUGAAAACCAGUGUGAUAACAAGGAGGAAACACUAAACAAGGCGUUAGAGCUGUGUGAAAUUCUGGCUAAAGAAAAAGACACCAUCCGAAAGGAGUACUGGAGAUACAUUGGAAGGUCUCUUAAGAACAAGCACAGCUCAGGCACUGAACAGAGCACGCUGGCAGACAAGCAGCAGUAGCUGAACAUGGAAGAAAACAACGUUAAGCUCUCAAGCCGUUCUGAAGCAGUACUAAGUAGCAUCAUAAGCUAGUUUAAAAUCCAGUGUAGUAUUCCCCUGCUGAAGAAGUAUUGUAAUGAAAGAGGAGUGCAGUGCUGUAUAGUCUCAGGUUGCUGCAGGUGAUAGAGCUAGAUACAGUUAAGAAAUGAACUAAGGCUUAAUUAUUGAAAUAUACCAAAUAAAGGGUCUAUUUCCUAAUAAUGAAUACAUAUACCUAUGUACCUAUACAUAGGUAUAGCUAUAUCUACUCUUUAGCUACAUAGGUACAUAGUCACAUAGAUUUAUAUACCUACAUAGGUAUAUAGGUAAACUGUACCUACUAUUUAUAAGGUACUAAACCAAUUUCUCAUGCCCUGGCUUAUCCACUCAUGGUUUCUAACACAGUCACAUCAGAUGCAGUAAUGCCUGCAGGUAACUUAACUUAGUGGAUAUAAAGUAAGCUGCUUGUGGUUAGUGCGAGCAGGUGCUGCAGUUGUUGCUUUAUUGUGGGAGCAGCUGUGCAACAUUGACAGCACAAGCUAUUGCACACAGCUAACACCAAGUGUCGUUUUGUAAUACAAACAGGUAACUGAAAGCGUUUUUCUGAAAUUUUUUAGUUUCUUUUGGUCUUUAGAUGAGCAUAGGCUGUUCUUCUUGGAUGCUAAUAGACAUAAAAAUGACAUGUCCCCUUUUAGGGAUAUUGGAUUCUAUUGCAUUCGGGUGUCUUUUGUUUUCUCAUCCCAGAAGCUUUCAAUACACUUGAUGUAUUCAGUGGAGCCUUGAAUUCUUAUCUGCACAGUCAGGAAAAUUGCUUUGAGGACCCUAGAAGAUCUGCUUACUUGGAAUUCUGUUCAGAUGGCUGAAAAUCUGAAUUUAUUUUUUUCUUCACCCUUUGUAAUCAGACCAAACUGAAGUCAUAAGUCAGAAGAGAUCAUAACUAACCAGUUAUAUUACGUAUCUUCACUGAACUGGAAGGGAAGGAAUGGUUUUAUUGGGGACCUAUUCACAUUGUAUGUCUUAACCUUGUUGCUCCUAUAGGCUUUUCAUACCUUUUCCAUUCAUAUAUUCAGCCAGGAAGUAUUUCCCCCCACUUCGUGAAAGAUAGAAAGUAUCUGCAGUGCAGAACUGCAGCAAAGCUGCACAAAAAAACCUGCUGCAUCUGCACUGUUUUCAGUUGUAAACUGUGUUCUUAGCAUAGAGUGAUGGUCUGAUCUGAAGUAUUUUCUUGGAGAUGACCAUAAAGGGAACAAAUAAAUGCUAGUAUUUAUAAUAGGAAGUUUUUCUGAUACUAAAGAUUAAAAGCUGCUGCAGUAAUAUAACCUAGUGGAGAUUAUUUUAAAUGUUUGAAAUACACUAAUUCAAUACAUUUUUAUUUUUUUUUUAAAACAACUCACAGGGAGUGGAAUCACUGUAUGAAAGCUAUGUAAAUGGUUUUAAGAUUUUUACUACUUUCCCAGCAGUAGAGAAAACAUUUUAUAGUGACAUAUGAACAUUUAAAAUGGACACGAACUUCAAACUUUUGGGGACUUUUUACGUGUAUUAUUUGCAAAGAUAAUGCCACUUCUGAGCUAAGUUUAUUAAUGAAGGAAUAACAGGAUAUGUACUGUAACAGAAAAUAUCUCAUCUAAAACAAAUGUGUGACCAAACAAGUCAUGCAAAUGCUAAGAAAAAAACCAUGCUGGAGACUGGAGUCCAUUCAAAAAAAAAAAAAGGUCAUUAUGUUUUAACAGAAAUGUUCUUUUUUUUUUCUUAAAAAAUGUUUGUUUACUGUCAUUUGGAUUGCAAUGAAACUCUAAAAUUCUCUUUGAAAGGCAUCUCAGUUUUGUGGUAGUCAGCCAUACUCAGAAAUACUGAUCUGUGAGAGCUGGGGAAAUGACACACUGCCCAGCCAGGUUGCAACUGCUGCUACCAAGCCUUUAAUUUUAAAAAUAUGUCUGAGACAGAAUCUUUCUUAUGGAAAUGGACGAGUUACAGAGAGAAGGAUCUUACAUAGGAAGUGUUAGAUGACUUUAACUGGUAGGAAUUGGUACUGACUGCCUAUGGUCAGAGGAAACACCAAGCUGAUUUCUUCUAAGGGUUUAUCUGUAUAAGGAAACUUACUGUUGUUACUGAUUGUGUGUAGCAAUGUGACUCCUGUGUACAAUUUUAUUACUGAAGAGAUGUACCUAAAUGGAAAACUAUUGGUACAACUGUCCCUUGUAAAUCAGUGUCAUUGGAACAUUCAGUGGAGUACGAAGAACUAUUAAAGCAUGUGAAAUAGUUCACUUUCAUCAGA